CUAUUUUUACGUGCAAAUAAUUUUACGAAAAUGGCGUCCUGAGAAACCGAAUUAUUUAUUUAUUUUUUGUAACGAUUAUUUUAAGAUGAGUGGCAAACAGACUGUGAGGUUGAAGUAUGCCUGUGACCAGGACAAGUCAGUUCUGAUCAACAAUUUUGAGGCCAGAGGUUGGAUACCUGUGGGUGCUGAUGAUGACUGGAACUUUUACUGGGCCAAUGUUCAGAGCAUCCGUAGUGUGUUUAGUGUGGACAGUGGUUACAGACUUCAGGAUGAUCAAGUGGUAAACCAUUUCCCAAACCACAUGGAACUGACGAGGAAGGAUCUGAUGGUGAAGAACAUCAAGCGAUAUCGUAAGGAGCUGGACAAGGACAAUAAUCCACUUGCAGAGAAAGAUGAGACUGGACGAUUUGUACAUCUAGAUUUUAUUCCACAGACAUACAUGCUCCCGGCAGAUUACAACCUGUUUGUGGAAGAGUUUAGGAAGAAUCCUAACACCACUUGGAUUAUGAAACCCUGUGGAAAAGCCAGAGGCAUUGGCAUUUUUCUAGUCAAUAAAUUGUCGCAGUUGAAGAAGUGGUCCAGAGAUAGCAAAACCAGCAACUUUGUUCCUCCCACAUCGAAGGACACGUAUGUGAUAUCCAAGUACAUUGACAAUCCCUUGCUGAUUGGAGGAAAGAAGUUUGAUCUCCGUCUAUAUGUCCUCGUCACAUCAUUCAGACCACUCAAAUGCUACAUGUUUAAGCUUGGAUUUUGCCGUUUCUGCACGGUCAAGUACAAUGCCAGUAUGAAUGAGCUGGACAACAUGUUUGUGCAUCUUACCAAUGUGUCUAUACAGAAGACUGGGGAUGACUACAAUGCAGUGCAUGGGGGCAAGUGGACGGUGCAGAACCUACGACUGUACCUGGAGAGUACACACGGGAAGGAGGUCACAGACAAGCUGUUUGAUGAGAUUGACUGGCAGAUCGUACACUCACUCAAGGCUGUAGCGGGAGGGAUAUCGAAUGACAGACAUUGCUACGAGUGUUAUGGUUACGACAUCAUCAUUGAUGACAAUCUGAAGCCAUGGUUGAUUGAGGUGAACGCCUCACCAUCGCUGACGAGCACAACCUCCAGUGAUAGAAUCAUGAAGUACAAACUGAUGAAUGACGUCAUCAACAUCGUCAUACCCCCCGGAGAACCACCAGACGUUCGCUGGAAUAAGACGGUGGCUAAAGAACAUCUGGGAAACUUUUAUGUACUAUAUGACGAGGACCUGGCCCAGUCGGACCCCAUCACGGUGGACCCCAAGAACAAGCUGGGGCCUGGAGCCAUGGGGGCCCGGGGCAUUCGGGAGCCCAAGGGACGACCUUCACCCGCCACAUGGAAAUAAGGAGACAUAAUAUUCUGGCGAAUUUGGUACCUUGCUGUGAAUCUCUUGGGUUGAACAGAGACCUAUUGAUAACAUAUUUACUAUUAUAUGUCGUUCGGUCGCAAUUCAAUUUUCAGGAACUCUAUAAUUCGGUAUAAUUCCACGUGACAGUAUGUAUUUAUCAGAGAGCAAUACAAAGUUUCAUUGCUGCAACUAGGCACACACAUUGUCUUAGUAACCACAAUCAUGUGAUAUUUUUUUAAUCUGUGAUACCAUUUCUUAUAAUGAUUAUGUUUGUAUUGAUAAAAGGAACAACGUAUGGAAUGAAAUUAUAUUUACAGGAUUUCAAUAAUGAGAUUACCACUGUAUAUGUGAAUUAUGAAAUGGAUGAUAUCUGUGAAACAUGUAUAACCAUGUUGUAAAAGGAGCUAAGUGUGAUAAAAAACAACAAAAAAACAGCAAAUAAAUUUGUGUACGUU